CCGGGUCACUCUUCAAGUGCUUCCUCAAUUGACAAAGACAAAAAUUCACAAAACAAAAGCGUGAUCUUCCUCUGUUCCUCAAAUGGCUCCGAUUGCAGUUGGAGAUGUCAUCCCAGACGGCACCUUGGCCUUCUUGGACAACGAUAACAAGCCACAGUCUGUGUCCAUUCACUCUCUUGCCAAGGGUAAAAAGGUCAUUAUCUUUGGUGUUCCCGGCGCCUUCACUCCCACUUGCAGCUUGAAGCAUGUGCCUGGCUUCAUUGAGAGAGCAGAGGAGCUGAAAGGAAAGGGUGUGGAUGAAAUCAUCUGUAUCAGUGUGAAUGAUCCCUUUGUGAUGAAGUCAUGGGCCAACACUUUCCCUGAGAACAAGCAUGUGACAUUUCUUGCUGAUGGGUCAGCCAAAUACACACAUGAUCUUGGGCUAGAGCUUGAUCUCUCCGAUAAGGGGCUUGGGAUCCGGUCCAAGAGGUUUGCGCUGCUCGUUGAAGACCUCAAGGUGAAGGUUGCUAACAUUGAGAGUGGUGGAGAGUUCACUGUGUCCAGUGCUGAAGAGAUCAUCAAGGCUCUUUAAUUUCCUGAAGAAUCUCUUUUGAUGAGAGUGUGUGUGUGUGUUAUCUUUACUAGAACAUGUUGGAGACAUUUUGAUUCAUAGAAUAUGUGAUGUGUGCUGUAAUUGCUGUUUUAAUAUUGGACCUAUGGUGCCUGUUAUGGAAAUAAAAUUGCAGCUUUCAGAGUA